AAUCAUGGUGAGUCACGUUUGGCAAGCCAUUACGCGUAAAAAACGUUUCGAAGGUGACUCCCACCUGGACUCGAAUCUCCGAAGAUGUCUAGGCCUGAUGGACAUUACUUUCUUGGCACUGGGCCAAAUGAUGGGAGCCGGAAUUUAUGUGCUCACGGGUACUGUAGUCAGGAAUCAGGCCGGCCCGUCAAUUAUAUUCUCGUUUGCUCUGGCAGGAAUCGCAGCACUUUUGUCGGCUUUUAGUUACGCCGAGUUUGGAGCAAGAUUUCCACGUGCCGGAAGUGCCUACACCUACACCUACAUUGGUUUCGGAGAACUUUGGGCAUUUAUCGUUGGCUGGACUAUUCCGCUGGAGUAUAUGAUUGGAAAUGCGGCCGUUGCCCGCUCCUGGUCCGCAUAUUUCGAUAAUAUGCUGGACAACUACAUCAAAAAUACGACGAUUGGAGCUUUGGGGGAGCUCUCGGAGCCCGGUGGCUUCUUUUCAACGUACCCAGAUAUUUUGUCAUUCCUCCUGAUUUGCCUGUGUGCUUGUGUCAUUGCAGUCGGGCCAAAAGUUUCGGCAAAUGUGAAUUCUAGUUUUGUGGUGUUGAAUAUUGUGGUCAUUUUCAUCGUAAUUGUAUCCGGAAUCUGCUACGCCGACUUCAACAACUGGACAGGCACCACCUCUGACGGACGGUCCAUGUUCUUCCCAUUCGGUUUGACAGGGACCCUAACCGGAGCCGCCACAUGCUUCUUCUCCUACAUCGGUUUCGAGGUACUCGCCACCGCUGGGGAGGAGGUCAAGUCCCCUCACCGAACUAUCCCGGUUGCCACGUUUUUGAGCAUCGGCGUCAUCAUGACCCUGUACAUCCUGGUGUCUUCUACCCUAACACUUAUGGUUCCAUAUGAUCAGGUACAUACCACUGCCCCAUUUGCGGAAGCAUUCAGUGCUCGAGGUUGUACCACUGUGAUGUACAUCAUCUCAAUUGGAGCUCUGAUCGGGCUCACCAAUAACCUGGUCACCGGAGUAUUUGCUCUGCCACGUGCCGUCUACGCGAUGGCUGAUGAUGGGCUCAUUUUCAAAUGGUUGGCUCAUGUAACUUCCUCGACUAAAGUUCCAUUAAAUGCUAUCGUUAUUUUUACACUUCUCAAUGCGAUUAUCGCACUUAUUUUUGAUAUUGAGGCGUUGGUAGAAUUUCUAUCCAUCGGCACCUUAUUCGCCUACUCCUUUGUCUCCGGCUCGGUGCUUGUGCUCCGCUACCAGUCGGCUCCGAUCGACGGCGAUGGGAAGCGAAUGGAUAAUGGCGGAGAGCUGAGCUCAUGGAUUCCUGCUCGAAACUUCUGGGAGUCUUUACCCGCCGGCACCUCGAUUUCCCUGGGUGUCGCCGCGUUGAUCGGCUCAUUUUUCUGGUUGGCAUUCACUUUUCGGACUGGAUUUUAUGAGCAUUGGUAUGGUCAAAUAUCGAUUGGUUUCAAUGGAUUAUUGAUUGUUUUGGUGAUGGCUUUUAUUCUCGGACACCAGCAGAACUCACUGGAAACUAGCUUCAAGGUUCCAUUUGUCCCAUUCCUUCCGUGUCUAUCCCUCCUAGUCAAUGUAUUCAUGAUGGCCUACUUGACAACUGCCACAUGGAUCCGGCUUUUUGUCUGGAUGGGUGUUGGCCUCUUGAUCUACUUUUCCUAUGGAAUCCGACAUUCCAAAGAAGCCAAGAAGCUCACCACAAUUGCCGAUAUUCGAAUGAGCUCGACGUUUCCGAAUAAGAAUAAUCGGAUCACGAAAACCUAGAAUAAGAGUCUGCUGAAAAAAACGGGUUUCCCAAAUUUUUUGACACUUCAUUUUGCCAAAAAUUAUAAUGCCAAAUUGUAGAAAUCUAGGAAAAUUACUUAUAUAUUCAAUUUUAAUUUGAAUGCUUAAUUUUGACUCCCGGUUCUUGUCGAAUUUGAUCUCUGAUUUUGUUUUUUUUUAAUUUUUAUUAUCACAAUAAAAUUGUUCAUAUUUU